AUGAUGGACCAAACGUCGACUUCGGUUUUGAACGGGGUCACAAAGACCUUUUCGCAGAUCGAAAAGGUUGUGUCUGCAUCGCUACGUCCAUUACCAACUGACACAGGGGAUGGGACGUAUAUGGCAUCGUCAAAUAGUUCUGGUAUUGUCAAAGAUAUCAGCCAACUCGACCUCAACGACGUCAAGACUAUGGUGGAUCUUACUAAGAACGUUGCUACGGGGGAGCCGGUCGAUGAUAAACAGUAUAUCAUGGAACGAACGAUACAACUCGUUUCGGGAUUGCCGCCUACAUCUCGAGCUGGCAGAGAAAUGACACAUGCUUUUCUUAACCAACUGUGGAGUGAUUUAGAACACCCUCCCAUCUCAUAUCUGGGUCGUGAUUCCUUGUAUCGGGAGGCUGAUGGCUCCAGAAAUAAUAUGCUGUGGCCUCAUAUUGGUGCUGCUGGCUCUCACUAUGCAAGAUCCGUACGGCCUCAGACAAUACAGUCGCCUGUUCUUCCUGACCCUGAGACCCUUUUCGAUUCUCUCUUGGCACGUAAGCAUUUCCAAGAGCAUCCGAACAAAAUAUCCAGUGUUUUGUUUUAUAUUGCUUCCAUUAUAAUCCAUGACCUAUUUCAAACGGAUCCCAAUGACAAUACGGUAUCGCUGACAUCGUCGUACCUGGACCUUGCACCGCUCUAUGGGAACAAUCAGGAUGAGCAAAACUCUGUGCGGACUUUCAAAGAUGGAAAGCUGAAGCCGGACUGCUUCUCGACAAAAAGAAUACUAGGGUUUCCACCAGGAGUUGGCGUGCUUCUGAUUAUGUUCAACCGGUUCCAUAACUAUGUCGUCGAGCAGUUGGCAUCCAUAAAUGAAAAUGACCGGUUUACCCGACCAGACGAGUCACAAGCUAAGGAGUAUGCGAGAUAUGACGGCGACCUUUUCCAGACAGGACGGCUUGUGACUUGCGGCCUAUACGUCAACAUCAUUCUCAAAGACUACGUUCGAACGAUUCUGAAUGUCAAUAGAACUGAUAGCACCUGGAGCUUAGAUCCUCGCGCAGUGAUCAAAGAUGGACUGUUUGGGCGAGCAGCAGCCCAGGCCACAGGUAACCAAGUAUCCGCAGAAUUUAACCUCAUUUACCGCUGGCAUUCUUGCGUAUCACAGCGCGAUGAGAAGUGGAUACGGGAGCUAUACAGCGAGAUAUUUCCUGGAAAGGACCCGAGUAGCAUUCCCCCGGAUGAGUUUGUUCGGGGCCUUGGUAAAUGGGAGGCGGAGCUUCCAGAACAGUCACAGGAUUGCUCAUUUGCCGGACUGCAGCGCAAAGCGAACGGGAUGUUUGAUGAUGAUGCUUUGGUCAAUAUUUUCCGGGAAAGUGUAGAGGACUGUGCAGGGGCAUUUGGUGCCUCGCACGUCCCUACUGUCUUCAAGAGUAUUGAAGCGCUUGGAGUUAUGCAAUCCCGUUCUUGGAACCUGGCAACUUUAAAUGAGUUCCGAAAAUUCUUCAAUUUGGUUCCCUAUAAAACAUUUGAGGAGAUUAAUCCUGACCCUUACAUUGCUGACCAGCUCAAACGGUUGUAUGACCACCCUGAUCGCGUGGAGAUUUACCCAGGCGUCAUUAUCGAGGACACAAAGGAUUCGUUGGCUCCCGGCAGCGGUCUCUGCACCAAUUUCACGAUAUCUAGGGCUGUUCUCUCAGAUGCGGUGGCUUUGGUUCGUGGCGAUAGAUUUUAUUCGACUGACUUCACGCCGAAGCAUCUUACAAACUGGGGUUUCAAGGAAAUCCAGCCUGAAGAUUCUGUUGACCAAGGACAUGUCUGGUACAAGCUAGUCUUGCGAGCGUUUCCGAACCAUUUCAAAGGAAAUUCUGUAUACGCACAUUUCCCUAUGGUCAUUCCAUCCGAGAACAAGAAGAUUCUCACAAAGCUCAGGCUCUCGCAAAAGUACUCCUGGGACAAACCUAGGUACAUAUCUCCGCCUCGCUUUAUUAAUUCGCACACUGCUUGUAUGUCUAUAUUAUCAAACCAGGAGACAUUCAAGGUAACAUGGGGUCAAAAGAUUGAAUUCUUGAUGCACCGCAACAAUCAUCCGUAUGGCAGAACUUUCAUGCUUUCUGGUGAUAACUUGCCAAAUGCUACAUCGCGGAAGAUGAUGAAAUCGGCACUGUACUGGAACAAAUGGGAAGAUGAAGUAAAGAAUUUCUAUGAGGCGAUUACCUUGGAGCUCUUACAUAGGCAUUCUUACAAGAUCGCCGGAACCAACCAGGUUGAUAUUGUACGUGACGUUGUUAAUAUCGCCCAUGUUCACUUCUGUGCGACUGUUUUCUCAUUGCCCUUGAAAACUGAAACCAACCCUCGGGGCAUAUUCACGGAAGUCGAGCUAUAUAAGAUCAUGGCGGUUGUCUUCACCUCUAUAUUCUAUGAUGUGGAUGUCGCGAAGUCUUUCGAACUGAAUGAAGUUGCUCGAGCGGCUGCACAGCAACUUGGCCAGCUGACAAUGGCCAAUGUUGAAUUGGUUGCCACAUCAGGCUUUAUUGCGAAUCUGGUUAAUAUUCUGCAUCGUCACGAUGCUCUUAGUGAGUAUGGUGUCCACAUGAUUCAACGCUUACUCGCCAGUGGUCUUCCAGCAAAUGAGAUUGUAUGGACUCACUUACUGCCAACUGCUGGUGGAAUGGUGGCAAAUGAAGGGCAGCUCUUCUCUCAAUGUCUCGACUACUACCUCUCUGAAGAGGGAUCGAGUUACCUACCGGAGAUCAAUCGACUCGCCAAUGAAAACACCCCAGAAGCUGACAAUAAAUUGCUACACUAUUUCAUGGAGGGUGCUCGACUGCGAUCAUCUGUAGGCUUACCUCGCGUGAUAGCAAAGCCCACAACCAUCAUGGACAAUGGAGAGAAAGUGAAUUUGAAGGCUGGCCAGCACAUACUUUGCAAUUUAGUAACCGCAUCUAUGGACCCUACCAGUUUUCCGGAGCCAGAAAAAGUAAAACUUGAUCGCGAUAUGGGUCUUUAUGCCCACUUCGGACAACUCAACAAUCUUCGCCGCGCUCCUGGUCCUCAAGGGAGGCUCCACAAGCUUUCAGGACCUGGGGGGAUUUCAAAGUACCUGAAUGCAGACCAAAGUGGGUUUACGCCCUUCCCAACGAGCAUGAAGGUUCAAUGGGAUGGUGAAUUGCCGGAUCUGAAACAGAAAUCGUAG